UUCUACUUCGCCUAUUGUGAUCAUUUCGAGGUAACAGAGGAAAAAAAAAAAAAAAUCUUUAUCCUUUAUUCAAAUUAAAGAAGGAUAAAGGUAUAAAUCAUUUAAUGGCUUGCCUUAGCGGCCAUGGCUUCUUCAUCAUGCACGUCUUCUCUCCCUGUGCUGCAGCUGCUGCUCGAGGUGCACAGUUCGUGCAUUCCGGUCCAGUCUCGAAGAACAUUUCUUGUUUACUUUGAUUUGAAAACAUCUCUUAUGCAAGAUAUCUUGAAAAUUUUCUUUUAAUUUUGAGAGAUCCGCUGGUUAUAAAGGAUUCAGAAGUAAAGAUGAGGUCAACAGGGCUUCAGUUUCUUGUCCUCUUGGCCAUCCAUGGUGGCGUUUUUUUCUUUCCCUCCGAAUCCUUGCUACAUGAAGAGGUUUCUGCGCUUAUGGCUUUGAAGAGAGAUAUAUUAGAAGACCCACUUGCUGUUCUUUCCGAUUGGAAUACACUUGCUGGAGAACCCUGCAGUUGGUUUGGUGUGGUUUGUUCUAAGGCUCAGAAUCAUGUGGUUACUUUAAAUCUUUCAAGAUCAUCUCUAAAAGGAUUUAUUUCACCAGAACUUGCACUGUUGAGCUCCUUACAAGAAAUAAUUUUGAAUAAUAAUCUGUUUUUUGGCACGAUACCUAAACAAAUUGGUAUGUUGAAGAACCUUGCAGUGUUGGAUUUGAGUGUGAACCGCCUUUCCGGUCCUAUUCCUACUGAGCUAGGAAACUUGACUAGCAUCACAAAAAUAAACCUCCAUUACAAUGGUCUAACAGGCUAUAUUCCUGCUGAGUUUGGUAAACUGUUGAAUCUUGUUGAGCUGCGGCUGGAUAGAAACCGACUAAUUGGACCAAUACCAGGAGAUAUUAGCUCAGUUUGCACCUGCCGAUUGCAUAACUUGUCGAUGCUCCACAAUAAUGGCAAUGACACACAUUUUUGCCAUUUUCCACGGUUAAAGAUUGGGGAUUUUUCAUACAACUUUUUGGUUGGAAAUAUACCAUCAUGUUUAAAGUAUCUUCCAAGGUCCAGCUUUCAGGGAAAUUGCUUGCAAGAUGAAUAUACUCUCUUACAACGAACUCCUCAAAUAUGCGGUUUCCCGAAAAGACAGGGAGCAGCCAAUGGGACGUCUAGACAAUCAAGUAAAGAACCUAAGCACCGAAAGCUACAACAACCAAAAUGGCUUCUUAUAUUGGAAGGUUGUACAAUGUCCCUUUUUUCCAUCACAGUAGUAGCCACUGUAUACAUUAAAUGCAAGCGAAAGCCAUACAUUCAAUUGCCAUGGAGGAGAAAUACAAACUGGAGGGAUCAUAUCACUAUAUCAAUAGAUGGUGAGAUGCUCAAGGAUGUAAGUAGUUUCAGCCGGGAAGAACUUGAACUAGCUUGUGAAGACUUCAGUAACAUUAUUGGAUCUUCUCCUGACAGUGUUGUCUAUAAAGGCACUAUGAUGAAUGGGCCUGAAAUUGCUGUAAUAUCUCUAUGCAUCUUGAAAGACCAAUGGACAGACUAUCUUGAAUUGUAUUUUCAUAAUAAGCUGGUGGAUAUGGCUAGGCUAAAUCAUGAGAAUACGGCAAAAUUACUUGGCUAUUGCAAGCAAAACAACCCAUUUUCUAGGAUGCUUGUUUUUGAUUAUGCAUCUAAUGGAACGCUAUAUGAGCACCUUCAUUAUGGUGAAGGAUGCCAGCUGUCCUGGUUUAGACGUAUGAAAAUUUCUUUGGGUAUUGCAAGUAGCCUGAGGUAUUUGCAUACAGAAUUGCAUCCUCCAUUUUCCUUAUCAGAAUUGAACUCUGGUGCAGUUUAUCUUACAGAAGAUUUUACUCCAAAGCUGGUUGAUUUUGAUAGCUGGCAAAUGGUUCUAUCAAAAUCAGAGAACAAUUCUGAUCAGAUUAGCGGUGGAUAUUCUUUCAAUAGUUUAGUUGGUUCUUCAGAGAGACAACUGGAUAUUCAGUGCAACACUUACUCAUUUGGAGUGCUUUUACUAGAAAUAAUAAGCAGAAGACAUCCUUUCUGCAAAGAGAGAGGAUGCUUGGUUGACUGGGCUGCAGAGUACCUUCAGAAUCCAGACGAGAUAGGAAAGCUGGUAGAUCCUGAAUUAAAGGAUGUGAAGGUUGAUGAUCUUGCUAUAAUAUGCAGUGUGGUUAGUCUCUGCAUUGAUCCUGAUCCCUCAAGAAGACCAUCCAUGCAAAUAAUAGCCGCUGUUCUCGAAAAUGGAAUUGAUAUUUCCGCAGCUGCCAUUCUCAAGGAUUCUCCUUUAGCAUGGGCAGAUCUUGCUUUGGCUUCCUUGUAAUUUCUCAGAACAUAUUAUGCUUCACAUGCUUGUUCUUUCUUUUUUUUUUUUUAUUAUUUUUUUAUUUAAAUUAUUGUUAUUGCCUUGCUCGUCUGAGUGAUGUAGAGGGCGAUGCACAGCCGGAGCUCAAUUUCCUGUACAUUUGAUUGACAACGUUUUAGUAGUAAAAUACAGCUAAAAAUUGAUAUUGCUUCUGAUCUA